AUGAGGUUAAUGUCAUCGUUCAUCCGCCAGUCUGGCUUACAUCUACAGAGACGAUACAGUACAAAGACACACUCAACCAUCAUUUCAGCUCUCAAAGCCCAUCCUCCCAAGAUAAUACCAGAUUAUCUAACGCCUAUGCCCUCCCAUCUUCUUACCACCACUAUUAACGACCUUCUCUACAAUUCUCACACAUCGCCGAAAAUAUCCUCACCUCCUCAAAAUCUUCCUCAAGGUCACCACCUCGUCUACUUUCCUAUUCAGUUGCCUCCCUCACGGCUCAUUCCCGAUGGUGCGGAUCCUGAUCACUCUCCUGGUUCGCCAUAUACUCGGCGUGUUUGGGCGGGUGGCGAGGUUACGUUUAGAGGAGAGGGGAUGAAGCUUGAUGCCAGGCCAGUGAUCUGUAGGGAGAAGAUAGAGGAUGUUAACUUGAAAGGCAAGGAGGGUGAGGAGAAAGUAUAUGUUGAUAUAUGGAGAAGAUACGGGACUGGCCAUAAAGCAGAGGGGAGAGAAGAGUGGGAUAUUGAAGAGAGGAGGACAUUGGUAUUCAUGAAGGAAGAGAAAGAAUCUGCCUCUUCACCUGCACGUCUUCUCAAAUAUCCCCACCCACCCACUUAUUCCAUAUCUCUCACCCCAUCACCGAUACAUCUAUUUCACUUCUCAGCGCUCUCCUUCAACGCGCAUUCGAUUCACUUCGACCCUCAAUUCGCACGAGAAGUAGACGGCCAUCGCUCACUUCUCGUCCAUGGCCCGUUUACUCUCGCACUGAUGCUCCGCGUUCUCAACGACCAGAUUGGCUCUAGCGCAUCUGUUCACAAGUUUAACUACAGAAACUAUGCGCCGCUCUACGUUAACGAGGGCAUGAGUAUCAAUGUCCGCAGAGUAUCAAAAGACGAAGGAGUGGAGGGACGAUGGGAUGUUUGGAUCGAGGGACCAGAAGGAGGAAUGGCUGUCAAAGGAACAGCGGAUGUUGUCAGCAAAUAA